GUUGGGAGCCGAGCCUUUGGCCUGGUGCCGGGCGACCCUGGGGCGCUCUGGGCUCGGGUCCUGGCGGCUGGGUGUGGGGAGGCAACCCAGCCCACCUGGACGAUCCGCUGUCGGACUGGCUCGAUUCUUCCACCAUCCGCAGGAACCCCUGAGCCCAGGCCUGGCCAGCCAGGGCUCCAUGAGCCUGGGUCCACACUGACCCGCAGCUGCGGAGCCUGGGCAUCAAGGGCUGGAGUGGAGCAGACGCUGUCCAUGGAGCUGGUGGACAGAGUGGACAGGGGGCGGUGGUGAUGGCGCAGUUCGACACUGAAUACCAGCGCCUUGAGGCCUCCUACAGUGAUUCACCCCCUGGGGAGGAGGACCUACUGGUGCACGUCCCUGAGGGGAGUAAAUCACCCUGGCACCACAUCGAAAACCUUGACCUCUUCUUCUCUCGAGUUUAUAAUCUACACCAGAAGAAUGGCUUCACUUGCAUGCUCAUCGGGGAGAUCUUUGAGCUCAUGCAGUUCCUCUUUGUGGUUGCCUUCACCACCUUCCUGGUCAGCUGCGUGGACUACGACAUCCUUUUUGCCAACAAGAUGGUGAACCAUAGUCUUCACCCGACCGAGCCCGUCAAGGUCACUCUGCCAGACGCCUUUUUGCCUGCCCAGGUCUGUAGUGCCAGGAUUCAGGAAAAUGGCUCCCUUAUCACCAUCCUGGUCAUUGCGGGUGUGUUCUGGAUCCAUCGGCUUAUCAAGUUCAUCUACAACAUUUGCUGCUACUGGGAGAUCCACUCCUUCUACCUACACGCUCUGCGUAUCCCCAUGUCCGCCCUCCCCUACUGCACGUGGCAGGAAGUGCAGGCGCGCAUCGUGCAGACUCAGAAGGAGCACCAGAUCUGCAUCCACAAGCGCGAGCUGACCGAGCUGGACAUCUACCACCGCAUCCUCCGCUUCCAGAACUACAUGGUCGCCCUGGUGAACAAGUCCCUCCUGCCUCUGCGCUUCCGCCUGCCAGGCCUGGGGGAGGCUGUCUUCUUCACUCGCGGCCUCAAGUACAACUUCGAGCUGAUCCUCUUCUGGGGCCCUGGCUCUCUGUUUCUCAAUGAAUGGAGCCUCAAGGCUGAGUACAAACGUGGGGGGCAGCGGCUGGAGUUGGCCCAGCGCCUCAGCAACCGCAUCCUGUGGAUUGGCAUUGCCAACUUCCUGCUGUGCCCCCUCAUCCUCAUCUGGCAGAUCCUCUACGCCUUCUUCAGCUACGCCGAGGUGCUGAAGCGGGAGCCCGGGGCCCUCGGGGCGCGCUGCUGGUCCCUCUAUGGCCGCUGCUACCUCCGCCACUUCAACGAGCUGGAGCACGAGCUGCAGUCCCGCCUCAGCCGAGGCUAUAAGCCCGCCUCCAAGUACAUGAACUGCUUCCUGUCCCCGCUGCUGACGCUGCUGGCCAAGAAUGGCGCCUUCUUCGCUGGCUCCAUCCUGGCUGUGCUCAUUGCCCUCACCAUCUACGACGAAGACGUGUUGGCCGUAGAGCAUGUCCUUACCACCGUCACACUCCUGGGGGUCACCGUGACCGUGUGCAGGUCCUUUAUCCCGGACCAGCACAUGGUGUUCUGCCCUGAGCAGCUGCUCCGCGUGAUCCUUGCACACAUUCACUACAUGCCUGACCACUGGCAGGGUAAUGCCCACCGCUCGCAGACCCGGGACGAGUUUGCCCAGCUCUUCCAGUACAAGGCAGUGUUCAUCUUGGAGGAACUGCUGAGUCCCAUUGUCACGCCCCUCAUCCUUAUCUUCUGCCUGCGCCCACGGGCCCUGGAGAUCAUAGACUUCUUCCGCAAUUUCACCGUGGAGGUUGUCGGUGUUGGGGAUACCUGCUCCUUUGCCCAGAUGGAUGUUCGCCAGCACGGGCAUCCCCAGUGGCUGUCCGGUGGGCAGACAGAGGCCUCGGUGUACCAGCAAGCUGAGGACGGGAAGACAGAGCUGUCACUCAUGCACUUCGCUAUCACCAACCCCGGCUGGCAGCCACCACGUGAGAGCACUGCCUUUCUCGGCUUCCUCAAGGAGCAGGUUCAGCGGGACGGAGCAGCUGCCAGCCUCGCCCAAGGGGGUCUGCUUCCUGAAAAUGCUCUCUUUACAUCUAUCCAGUCCUUACAAUCUGAGUCUGAGCCACUGAGCCUUAUUGCAAAUGUGGUAGCUGGAUCAUCCUGCCGGGGCCCCCCACUGCCCAGAGACCUGCAGGGCUCCAGGCACAGGGCCGAAGUCGCCUCUGCCCUGCGCUCUUUUUCCCCUCUGCACCCCAGUCAGGUGCCCACAGGCCGAGCUCCAAGCACCAUGACGGGCUCUGGGCUGGACGCCAGGACAGCCAGCUCCGGGAGCAGUGUGUGGGAAGGACAGCUGCAGAGCCUUGUGCUGUCGGAGUACGCAUCCACCGAGAUGAGCCUGCACGCCCUCUACAUGCACCAGCUCCACAAGCAGCAGGCCCAGGCCGAACCUGAGCGGCACGUGUGGCACCGCCGGGAGAGCGAUGAGAGUGGGGAGAGUGCCCCUGAAGAGGGGGGAGAGGGUUCCCGGGCCUCCCAACCUAUCCCCCGUUCGGCCAGCUAUCCCUGUGCUGCAGCCCGGCCCGGAGCACCUGAGACCACCGCCCUGCAGGGGGGCUUCCAGAGGCGCUACGGGGGUAUCACAGAUCCUGGCACAGUACCCCGGGCUCCCUCUCACUUCUCACGGUUGCCUCUCGGAGGGUGGGCCGAAGACGGGCAGGCAGCCUCCAGGCACCCAGAGCCGGUGCCCGAGGAGGGCUCAGAGGAUGAGCUGCCCCCUCAGGUGCACAAGGUAUAGACGAGGCUGAGGAGGGUCCCUAUGUCCCAGGAUGGCGGCCGCUGAUGCCACC